AUGAACGAUAAAACAAAAGAGAUCAUUAACUCGAAAACUUCCGAAGAACUGAGAACAUUACUCUACCAGACACAGAUAUGGAUCAACCAGGAAGAUAGAGAAGUUGUUGUCCAGUAUCUGAAACAAAAUCAGAUGACAGCUUACGGUCUGAUGCUUGCAGUUGACCGUUUCCAAGAACUUCAGCGUGCAGAAAGAUACCACAGUCGUCAUACAGUUGAAAAUACAAUGAGAGCUCCAGAAUAUCAAAGACAUAAUCAACGCCAACAGUAUCAACAGUACCAGCAAUACCAACAACCACAACAAUAUCAACAGCAGUACCAACAAUACCAGUAUCAGCAACAAUAUCAGCAGCAAUAUCAACAACAAUACCAAAAUCCUCAGCAACAGCAACAAGGACAAAACUACCAGCAGCAAUACAACCAACAACAUUAUCAGCAACAGAACCAACAACAUUACCAACAUCAUCCGCAUUAUCAGCAACAAUACUCUCAAAAUCCACAAGCUUAUCAACAAUAUCAGCAAUACCAACAAUACCAGCAGUACCAACAGCAGUAUGGCCCACAGUAUGGCCAAGCUCCAAUUCAAAAUCAAGGUCAAUCACCUCAAUCUCCACAAUCUCCAAAGACAUCACAGCAGUAA